AAAUCAUGUGUGUGUCCCUGAGAAUGGAAAAGACAGUUUAAGGUGCACUUGCACAAUAUGUCCGGAUUAUUUUGUAUCGGGCCUCACAUAUAUUCUAGCUCUACAGUUCAAUGGGACUGAUGUGUGGAAUUACAGUGUUACGCCAGCCCUGGUUGUUAAGCCAAGGGCCCCCAAAAAUCUUGCCAUUGAGAAAGUUGAAAAUGGUAAUUUCAAUCUGAGCUGGGAGGAGAGCUACUCUCCUGCAUCCAUGCUCUCCGGACAGCCAGUCGUCUAUGAAGUGAAAUACUGGAGGAAGCAGCACCCAACAGAGGUUUCUCUAAAAGCAAUUAACUACCAGGCAAAAAGCUUUGAAAUUAUUGCAAGCUCCUUGAGGAGAGGCUAUGAUUAUGUUGCAAGUGUAAGGUGUAACUAUACAGACUACCCGGCCUACUGGAGCGAAUGGAGUGAAGGCGUUGAAUUUCACUAUGAUUACCAAGUAACAGCUGAUGACAUUCUGCAGAUGGCUGUUCCUGUAUCCUGCAUACUGAUCAUGGCAGUAUCUGUAAUUUGUUACUUCUGUUUUACCAAAGUGAAGAAAGAAUGGUGGGAUCAAAUCCCAAAUCCAGCAAAGAGCCAUUUGGUUGUAAAAAAUGUCAAGUUUUCAGUUUUGUGCUACAUUGAUGAAAUUAAGUUCUCUUUCCAUGACUUAAAGCAGAGUCAUACGGAAAACCAAAUAAGUUGCAAGAACUGCCUGGCUCAAAGUUUGUCAAGCCAAAACUUCAAGGGAAAAGAUAACAUCAGAAAUGUUGAGAAAUCUUGCAGUUGCCACAGCGAGUCUGGGGAGUGGUUUCCAAAAGGCAGCAGUGCAGUUUUAACCCCUGAGACAAUUCUGGUUGAAGAGUCUAUAGAAAUCUGCGAACGUUUAACAGACAUUGAGGCUGAGAGCCAGGAAGAGACUAGUGACCAGAUCACCAUGUUUGAGCCUUGUGAGAGCAGUGUCAGUGCUUUCAGAAAGCACACUGAACACAACGAUGCACUAGCUAGUAUGUUUAUUGAGCUUCUGGCGGAUGAAAACAACACGCCAGAUGACAGAGACCCAGACAUCAUCACAG